AUCCCUACUCGAGCAGGAUUAGGAUGGCCCUUCCGUUAUAGAACACGAAUGAUAGCGGUAGCACCGUUGGUGGAGUGCUGGAUGUGCAUCUGAUGAAUUUGACGGUUGUCCUGUAGCCCGGCUUUUGAUCAUUUCUUGUAGCAACAUCGUUCUUUUUUUCAUUUAUUGGUCGUAGAUUUUCAAUUUCAUUGUCAUACAUCUUCCUCCUCAUCCUUGUUCUUCUGAUUGUAAGCUACGUAAGUGAUAGUAAGCCAUCAUUUCGAUUUUUCCAGUUUUGAAGCAACUACAACGAACAUCAAGUAGUACAAGAUGGAGUUUUUUAACAACGACGAAAAUGAUGCUGGUUUCGGCAGCGAUGAAGAGGACAUCUUUGGCCUCGGAGAUACGGGAGCUGAGCAGCUGGAGGAAGGCGAACUCGAACAGAUGAUCUUCGAGGAGAAAUACGAACCAAGUAGAGAAGCCACAAUCCUCCUCAUUGACGCGGAUCUAGAACAUAACCCGGAAUUGUACUUCUAUAUUUAUUGGGUCUAGUUGUACUUCUUGAUUUUUCUCCUGCAGUGCUAAACACGAUCACGGACAUGAAAAACGAAAAUGUGACUAUGUUGGGAUAAAGUCGAUGAUAUUGAAAUUGAGCAUGGACGAGGUGUUGAUUCAAAGUUGUUGUAACAUUGUUCGUUGUAGUCCUAUUAAAACAGCACGAACAUCAUCUUCGUCAGGUAUGAGGAGGUCUUUCUCUCCAUCGAGAGCUUUGUGCGGCACAAGAUUAUUGCUGCGUGCGACGACAAGCUGUCCAUUGUGAAGUACAACACGAAGAAUGCUAAAAAUUACAGCUCGUUUCCCGGUAUCUACACUGUCUUGGAGCAUUUCGUGGACCCCGGCACCCACCUCGUGCGCGCUGUGCGUAACGAACGCACGGCGAAAAGGGCGAGGGAGCAACCAGGCACGAGUGGGACCGGCGCAGUAAUGGCAGAAGUGUUCUGGAAUGCUGCUCAGAUGUUCCGACUGCAGCUCGGAAGAUCGUCACUAACGUACAAAAAGCGAGUGAUGAUUUUCUCUUCGAAUGACGACCCAUUGCACUUUCGCGGCGUCGAGGCAUCCUUGAAAGGAGGAACCAGAGGCGGAACGCCAACUCCCAAUAAAAAGAUUAAGGCCCUACAAGAUCAUUACGUUACCAUCAUUUAUAUUUACUAAGCAGCACGACUUCCACUUUUUAUCCAUUCUUGGCUCUUCUUGUUAUUUCAUAAAUUUUUUCCAUUCAACGAACAAGGAAACGUUGCGAAGAGAAUAAAAAUAUUACGCCCCAUGACCGAUAGGCAUAGGGUAAAAAAUAGUAGUUAAAGGGACAGCGCUAAAAAGAAUUUCGCGGCAUCUCCGAUGGGUCAUGUCCUUUCCCCUUUGAAAUUGUCGGAGCAACAGCAGACCGAUCUCGAUAUCUGCCUGACGCGUGUCAAUGAUUGCCGCGAACAGGGGAUAGAGCUGGAGUUUUACCCUGUUCUCUCGAACAGCGGAGGCUCAGUAAUGCGGCGUCCGUUCGACAUGGAUCUCUUCUGGCUGAGGGUGAUCUUUUCUGAAAACAUUGAAGACGAGAAGGACAAUAGCAUGCCUGUCGGAACCACAGGAGGAAAUGGCGCGACAAAUGUUAAGACUUUUCCGGAAAUCCGUCUCGGCCAGGGGAAAACAUGAAUGUUCGUUGUCGCUCUCGUCUUUCCAAUCGAUAACGACGAUCGCAUUCCAUAGGUCACUCAUGCUCCUCAGGAGGGAAGUGGAUUUCUGAUAGAUAGCUCUAACAGUUUGUCCUUCAUGUCAAAUGCCGGAGGAAGCAAGAUGAAUACCACGCUAAUAGCUGACGAGAGCAUGCUGGAGGAAAGUCAGAACUUCAAGAGUCUAGAAAGUCGCAUUCGAAAGCGCCUGUUUAAAAAGCGGGCUUUAGCGCGUUGUCCUCUCUAUCUCCAGCGCGACCCUGAUAUUGCCCUGUCUGUGGGCAUCUUCAUCAACAUCCUUCCGACAAAGCCAGAGGCAAAAAUCAGGCUACACGAAAUCGAUAACGAAAUCGUGCUGGCGAAAAAUGAACUAGUCGAGAGACCUAACCCAAAUUACAUUCCUUUACCACCGGCGCCGAUGAACGGGGAGGACGAACAAGAUGAGAACAAUAACAACGACCAAUCUGGUGCUGCUGAAGAUGGUACUGCAGCAGCAGCCGUGGGAGGAGCAAAAGGCAAGAAGGUGAACGAUGCAAUGGGUUAUUACGACCGCACAGACUGUUCAUCCUUCCUUCAGUUUGCUGGCGAGCAGAUCCCUUUUACCGAUUCCGAGAUGAACACCCUACGAAAUAAGGGCAAGGAGCCUUGCCUAGAGCUCAUUGGCUUCAUUUCGCGUGACAAACUGAAGCCCUAUCACCACAAACGGCACUCAUAUGCCGUGUACCCGCAAGAGUCGCGGAUCAUUGGUUCCGCCAUGCUCUACAAAACGUUGUUGCAAGAAAUGCGAACGAAAAAUCUGAUUAUGCUGGUUUGGUUUAGGGAACGGCAGAACGCUGAGCCACGCUUCUCAGCAUUGCUUCCGAAUAAGUUUGACCCUCUCUUUCUAGCUGGAUCCACUUCAUCUUCCGCAAACGGUGGAGCGGGGGAACCUUUGGGCUCACAAGGCGAUCAUACCCAUACCUCCUACAUGAAUCAAGCGAACAUUGGAGGCGGGAUGGUUGCAGGUUCUUCUAGUAGUAGUGCAGCUACUUCUGCUGCUGCUACGAAUACCCCCUUGUUCCCGACUAGCGUGGAUGAGGAUAAUGAGAUACUGACGUUGAUUUUGCUGCCUCAUUUGGAGGACUACCGAAACGAGCAGAGCGUCAAAGUAGUCGACACCAUUCGACACCCGAUGCUAGAUGCGGCUCCUACUUGCGAAGGCAUGGCGUUGCUGCUGAACCAGGUGGAAGUGGUGGGAUUUCAUCCGACUAAUGUCGCGAACCACGCGCUCCAGAAGCAUUACGCUGCGAUUCAGUGCCUUGCUUUGGGGGAGCAAGCACCGGAAGCGAUCGAGGACGAGACCGAGCCCGACCAAGGGUAUUUCAACACGACCGACUUCACGGAUUUAGUGCAGACGAUUCAGGACAGCAAACCGCCCAUCGAGGUUUUGAACGGUGGCGCUUUGAUGGGUGGGGGUGUGCUACCACUCGACGCUCCUGCUGGAGGAGGAGGCGGGAGAAAGCGGAAAGCACCUACUGCUACUGGUACUGGCGGUGUCGAUAAUGCCGCACCACUCAUGGAUGGUGAUGAGGGAGGCGCUAAGCGACCCAAGACAGCCGCGAGUCCGAAAGACGCCUUGACAGAGGACGACAUAGUCAAGCUGAUGCAGCAAGGACGAUUGGCCAACGAGAAAGUGCCCGACUUGAAAGCCUUCCUCAAGUCGAGGCGCCUCAACGUCUCAGGCAAAAAAGCUGAACUAGUCGCUCGCAUAGAAGAGUACAUGGAACAAAUCAAGCCUGAACUGUGACGGAGCUUCAAAAGUUCUUGUCCUUCUUUGAAAGGUUAUUUUUUUGAUUGCGAAAAAAAUCUAAUAGUGCAUACUAGAUGAAGAUACAACAACAAAAAUAUGUUAAUGAUUAAUAAAAAUCUUUAUUUUGUUCUUAAAGUUAAUGUGGUCGCCUUCUAGAAGCCCCUGACCCUUGAAAUUCAUGAUCGACACUAUUCGGAUCCUCCUUUUCCUCUAGCCGGUCCCGUGACUGAUAUCCCGCAUGUACCGUAAGCGCAUGCAUGACGGGCUGAAUAGACAAAGACUGGUGAGAAAGAUCAUAUGAUACAAUUUAGAACUACUGAUUGAUUGUACGCAAUUCGUUCUCAAUAUACUAGCUCUUACGUCGUCUACUUUUUCGCUCCAACGACCAGUUGUCCGUUUGGAUAACGCAGGUUUCACAGUUCUUAGACUCGAUGGCGGCCAUUUUUAGACUGGAUACUACUGGAGAUCCGAAUCUUGAUGAACAGGUUCGUUGUAGAGUAUUUCGCUCUGGGUGGACCACGGGGAUUCAAUCAAAGUGACGAUGUAUCUGUGCGUAAAAUAUCUUGCUCUAUUAUGUG